AUGGUCGACAUGUGGGAUCAUGAUGGAUCUUUGACACGCAAUUGGGACAACAGAACUUUACCAACAGAUCAGACCCAAGCAGGGCUCGGUGGCGUUUGCGUUGAGUACAUGGUGGAGCUCGCCAACCGACUGGGUGCAGACCCGUGGUUUUCGAUGCCGAAGGCAGCUGAGACAGAGAGCGACAGUGUGGACCCUUACGCGAUGGCCUUCGCGCUCUUGGUGAAUCAAACUCUUGACAGCAAUCUCCGAAUCUACGUCGAGUACCGCUCUUGCUGCCGAGCCGGCUUGGCUCCUGGUUGGGAUUCAGACAAUGCUGUGCAGUCACUGGUUUUGUGGAAAAGCUGGGAGCAGGCUGGUGUUGACCCUUCCAGGGUCGUUAAUGUUAUGUCUGCUUUGCAGCAGCUGACUAAGCUUUACGGGAGCAGUGUGACAAGCGUUGAAGCUGCAGCCAUUGACGUAUCGUUCUCAGAUGUUUGCAAGUAUGGUGAGACUCCAUGUGUGGAUUUCAACUCCUUGGAGGCGAAUGGUACGUAUGGCGGCUUGACGCCUCUCGAGCUCAUUGAUGCUGUCAUCCGACCCGCCAUGCUGAAACAGGAAGUGGAAAUUAAUGCAAGAGUGCAGCAAGCGUUGUACUACGGUUUCGAGAUUAUUGCAUUUAACGCUAUGCCACUCAUAUCAGCCCGAAGCUAUGGGCACCGUGGCAAUCUGAACUGGGCACUGGGCUGUGAGUCAUGCCUCAUGUCAGCUUUGGGCCGGCGCUAUGGUGCAAGGGAGCGCUCCCAGCUGGCUGUGGAUGGUUGGGUCCAUGAGGUGGACUUCGAAGCCUACAAGGCAUACCAGGGCCUUCAAGAAGAGGAUCGUGCACUCGAUGACCAAGGUUCUUACUGGUUGGUCGGAUCACCAUCAGAAGCAAAAGCUCAUUGUCAAGCUAUGUCAGAAUGUGACGGCUUUUCUUACUACAAAUCGGGUGAAUGGAGCUGCGGAGUCGGGAAUGACUUUAGAUAUGGCGAUUGCGUCACACCUGGAGCUGCGUACUUUUUCAAAAGAACACGAAUCCAGUCUGGUGAACGAAAGCCGCCAACACAUUGCUCGGCCUUCACGGUCCCUGGUGAUCCAUACAAUCAAUGCGUAACGGGACGGAUGGACUCCUACUUCAAAGCCGACGCUGAAAUUCCAGGCGACUUUGGUUUUGUUGAUGCAAACGUGUUGAAGGCGUUUUGUUUCCAAAAGGCGUGCCAAAUUGCUUACACCCCCGCGCCAUGGGAUCCACCAGCAGAAGGCUUCACUCUGGAUGACCUUCGUGAAAUCCUUCCUGCAGUGAUCGCAGCAGCUGAGGGUGAGCAGAAGUUGGAAAACAUGAUGAUUGAAGCCUUCCGUGACCCUGUCAUGGAGGAUUUGAUGCUGGAAUACUUAGAGCGAUUGCGACUCAUCGGCUUCUCUACAGUUGUGGGUGGGCAGAUGGUGCGACAAGCCCGACUUUGUCGGACAGGAGGAAAGGCUUGUGGCCAAGCCUCUGUGAUGCUUCAUUGGGAUGACGAUAGCCCCAUCCGCCGUGCAAUGACGGGCUAUGUCCAGGGGCGUCGCGCUACACCUGAAAAGCCAUCGCCGCCAGCACCCUCAUGCCCACAAAGAUGUAUUUACGGCAUUUGCGAGCUAGGCUCCUGCAAGUGUUGGAAGGGGGCCAGUGGAGCAGAUUGUUCCAUUCUGGCACCCGUUGAAUGUCAUCGCGGCAGACGACUUGGCCUGUCACUCUCAGGUGUGAGUUACUGGACAAGGGAGUGGAUUUUUGUGGAUGUGUUCAAGCACGUCGGCGAGUGGAUUGCUCAAGAGUUGACAUCCUAUGACUGGAACACAGGCACAGAGCUAGACCUGCGGAGUGAUGGAUAUCCUGCUCGCCUGGAACUGAAUCAAGUCGCCACACUCUUGACGGUCCGGGAUGUUGAGCGGCACUAUGUUGGUGGAUGGUACACAGUUAUCUAUGAUGGAGAAGGUAUUCUUGACUUUAGCAUGGAUGUGACUUGCGUACAUCGAAUGUCUCGGAAUCACAUUCAGAUCUACGUGAAUCUCACAACUGGGCUGAACAAUGGCAUUGGUAUUCGUCUCACUGAUACGAAUGAAGCCGAUCCUGUCAGGAACAUUCGGAUUGUCACUCCCGGCUUCGAAGAGACAUAUGAGACAUCUCCUUUUCACCCAGCAUUCCUUGCAAGUCUUGAAAACUUCACAGUUCUUCGCUUCAUGGAUUGGAUGCACGCCAAUAGUGGCAAUACUCCUGAAGAAUGGGAAGAUCGAGUCACCCCAAGCUACUACACUCAAGGCUCUCAUCCCGGAGUCAGUCUUGAGUAUAUGGUUCGACUCUCCAAUGAAGUUGGAGCAGAGCCAUGGUUUUCCGUCCCAGUGAAUGCGACCGAUGACUACAUUCAAAAUUUUGUUCAGUACGUCUCAGACAAUUUGAGACCUGACCUUGGCAUAUACAUUGAGUUGGGCAAUGAAGCAUGGCAUCCCAAAUUCUUCGGCGGUCAGUGGGCUCAACAGCAAGGUGCAGCUGAAGGUCUUUCUCAACUUUGCUGGUACGCCAAGCGGUCAGGGGAGAUGGCACAAAUCACGAAGAGUGUUAUUGGCAGUUCUCGAAAUGUCACCGCCGUGGCCAACACGCAAGCUUCCAACUGGGAUGCCAUGAGUCAGCUGCUUCAAUGUGAAGGAAUCAACGACAUGGAUGCCUUUGGGGUGGGGCCAUACUUCAAUGGCUACAACCUACUUCCAAAUCCAGAUGCUGAUUUGGAUUUGGUUUUGAGUUCAUACGAGUCAGAAGUGAACACGUCAAUCCAGUGGGUACGUGACCACAAAGUGGCACUGGAAGGCACAAAGUUCAAGCUAGUGUCUUAUGAAUCUGGGCCUGCGGGAGAGGGAGACGGAAGUGCAAAUGAUCUUGCCAUCCAAGCGCACCGCAAUCCAAGAAUGAAGCAGAUACUUCGUACUUAUUUGGAAGAGCUGAACAAAGAUCUGGACCUCAUGGUCUAUUUUGCAAGCUGCGGGAAGCCUUCACAGUAUGGCUCCUGGGGAAUGAUUGAAGCCAUGGACCAGCCCAGAGAAGACGCUUAUAAAUAUCAAGCAGUUCAGGAGUUCUUGUCUAGCGGAAUGCCACCAUCUUGCAGUGUUGAAAGACAGGAUUGUGAAGCUGCAGAUGGUUGCUCAGGUAAUGGGCUUUGUGGUGUGGAUGAUCAAUGUUACUGUUACCGUGGGUUUUCAGGAACAACUUGCCUAGACGCAUCAUUUACAGAUUAUAGCUCUUGUGGCUAUCGAUGCACGUUCGACCAGGGAAUCUGCCAAGUAUCAGAAGUGAUUGGCAACUUGCGAAGCUGGGCAUGCAACUGCCGAGCAGAAUACAGCGGUGGCAAGUGCUCUAGAUUCUCUUGUCCUAAUGGAUGCAAUCAACGUGGGCAUUGUAUCGCCAGCAGCGUUUGCAGUUGCUUUCGUGGCUACAGGGGCAGCCAAUGUGAGAUUGACUGCGGAUGUGGGCAUCACGGCCAAUGUGAUUCAAAUAACGAGUGCAUUUGUGAUCAAGGCUGGCGCAAAUCAGCCGUGGGCUGCGAGUGGGACUGCAGCACUGUGGAUACACUGGGAUGCACUGGUCCAGGUCAAAGUGCAUGCUCCGCUUGCCAAUAUGGUACUUGCAUUGAUGGCCAGUGCCAUUGCUGGGCAGGAUAUUAUGGCACAGACUGUUCCACGUUGGACAGCAAUCUACUGGCGCACAAAGGUGCGGCUUUCGGGAUCAAUGUUGCCACCACACCCUCCACUUUUGUGGAUGUUAUGAAGACGACCCGCCAUUGGACCAGCAUUUGGGAUGCUGACACCCAACCAGGGCAGUUUUCCUACCAGGGGGGAAGUGUGAUGUGGACAAGCCGGCAAUAUGAGUGGGGCAAUGGUUUGGAAAUCAAUGAGACCUUUGAUGGCUAUGUUGCUUCCUUGAAGCAGGACCAGGCCUUGAUCACGUUGGCGCUUCGAGAUGUUUGCCUUCAUGCACCCCAUGGUCGCUACGUGGUGACCUAUGAUGGAGAUGGUGAGAUUGAUUUUGCCAUGGACGCAAACCCGGUGGCAUUUCAAAAAGGCCGUAUUGACGUAGACUUUCAGCCAACAUGCAGACGCGAAUGCUGGUUCGACAAAGCCAACUGGCUCCCCUACUGCAGCGAUAAUGGCAUUGCCAUCACAAUACGAAGGGUCAACCCCAGCAACCCGUUGCGGAACGUUCGGAUCAUUAUGCCAGGCCAAACGCAAAGGCAAGGUCUUUGCAAGGUCGGUGUGGGAGAACCAGAGGUGAUGUGGCGGCUGGAAGUCACAGUUCAUCACCUCGCUUCGGAUGAUUAUGUGCGACAAGAAGCAAGCUUUUGGCUCCAGCAUCUUCGACCUGAUGUUCAGGUCUACGUGGAGCACAGCAAUGAGGUCUGGAAUCCACUCUUCCCACAAGGUCGCUAUGCUACUCAGAAGGGGACUGAGCUUGGCCUAGUGGAUGGUACGUGCAGAACGCCUCACUGUGGCCGUGUUCGAUACAAUGCCUACCGUUCAAAACAGAUCUUUGACAUUUGGGCAGAUGUUUGGAGCAGCGGGAGCCGAAGUCGCUUGAAGUUUGUCAUUUCCACACAGGCUGUUUGGGGAGAUGCCACAAACGACCUGCUAUCUCUUAAUAGCGGAGCUGGUGCAGAUCUCUUGGGAAUUACUGGUUACAUGUCUCCGCAAGGUGGAAUUGACCAAAGUUACUCUGCGAAAACACCUGCCGAAGUGAUUGAGCUCUUCACUUCGGGGAAAGAAUCUGCACGAAGCUGGGUCAAGGAACAGAAGGCCAUUGCAGAUGCAGCUGGUCUAGGCAUUACUUUCUAUGAAGGAGGAGUCGGACUGGUGGAGGAUGGGACCAUCGAAACUGGCCAAGCCAUCGGUGCAAUCACUGAGCUGCUGAUGGCCACAGGUCGCUCGGCAGCCUUCCAAGGAGCAGUGGAAGCCUGGCUCGACAUGUUCCGAGAGGAGCUUGGCGAUGCUCUUUUUAUGUACUUUGUGGACACCGGUUUCUGGUCCAAAUAUGGUCAGUGGGGCAACCGAGAAUACUAUGACGCUGCCACAGCUACAUCCCCUGCAGCAGCAGCUGUCCACGCUUACUUGGACAGGCUUGCUGGCAGCCGCCCAGCCUGUGUUGCUCAAAACUCUGCCGGGAGGGGUCUUCCUCCAGAUAGCUUUCUGGGUCCACCAGCAGUGUGGAAACCAGCACGAGGAGACAUCCUGGUGAAGGGCAAGCGGUACAAAUUGAGCUGGGGAGAUCCCGAGCGGCUCCCAAUUGACCUCCUGCUGGACUUCCAUUUGUGGCAGAGGAGCUCUUGCCCUGGUGAAGCUGCCUCGGAUAUCCAUCUAGGCUUUGCAAAUGCAGCAGCCGGCACUUUCACGUGGGAAGUGCCUUCAUCCAUCGAGGCAGGAGACGAAUAUUUUGUCGAGCUUCGAGCAAGAGCUCCAGCAGCCUUUCCCUCCAACUACAGUUCUUUCUUCUCAGUUGUCAAUCAGGUAGAUGCGCCGCCUACAUACCUCUUGUAUGUUGAGAAUGAUGUGGACCUUCUGUCUGCAUUUCAUCGGGAUUGCAAGAAGGGUGAUGAAUGGGCCAUCCAGCCACACUUUCGGAUUAGCUCCUGCGUUUACAGCUCCGCUGAAGGCUGCCGGCAAUAUCGCACAUCUCGAUCGCACGAUGGCCCCCCACCGUACUUGCACGGCUCUGGUUUGCCCUUAAAAGACUGCACGUUGCAUGUCGUGGGUCUUCGGCAAACCCUGCGUUUAGAAGGACUCACGCGAGGCUUUGACUUGACAGCAGAGGAUUCCCUCGCAAGAGCUGUCUCAAAUGCAUCACAGCUUCCUCCAGGAGCUAUUGCGAUUACAGUUGUAGGUGGCUCUGCAGGACGUCGUUUGGCCGAGGCUACUGGUGUAGUUACAUUGGAACUCAGUAUGACAUCGGACGAUUCCGGAGUUGGCUCAGCAGCGUUGAGCUUGUCAAGUUUAUCAAGCAACACAAUUUUUCUUGGAGAAGCAGCAAGCGCCCUCGGUGCACCGAGUUUGUCCGUCGUGACGGGCAAUUUAUCGGCAGUUGAUGGCUCAUCCGCAGAGGAGUUCCAUGAGUGGUACACAGAGCAGCACUUCGAGUAA